CGCAUUUCAAACGCCAUCGACGAGGAGCUACGGCAUGAAAGAGAACUGCGCAAGAAGAAAGCAGGCAGAGAGGUAAAAGUCAUGCUUCUCGGCCAAGCAGAAUCUGGCAAGUCGACUCUACAGAAGCAGUUCCAGCUCUACUAUGCCUCUCACAGCCUCGACCGAGAGAAACCACUAUGGCGACCGAUUGUCUAUUCCAAUAUCCUCAAGGCGCUCCGCAUGCUUAUGGACGAACUUGACCGACGAUACGGUUCAGGCACCUCGAGCCCUGGAUCUACGCCUGGCACGAGCUCAAUCCUAGGAAGCUCCCCUGCGUCCUCCGAUCCGCUGUCCAGCGCCGAGUCCGCCUACCCGCUUGAGCUGUUCCCCUUGCUUCCGACACUCCAAUCCGUCGUCGCCCAGGAAGACGCGCUGGCGUCCGAGCUUUCCGGCGGCGUCAAGGUCAGUGGCGGGCGGUCGGGGGUCUACGUGCGCGCGGGCUGGCAGGCUCUGAUAACUCCGAACCGUGCCUGGCCUCUCACAGAUAUUCGCGACGCGGCGAACCGGCCGACUGCGGUGACGAAUCAGGUUGCGGGAUCCCUGCUACAGGCCCAGGGCGUCAUUGCGCAGUUCUGGACCCACCCGCUCGUCCGCCAGCUGGUCGCCUCGCAGAGGGUACGGCUCGAGGAGCCAGCGGCGUUCUUCCUUGAUAACAUUCACAGGAUAGUGCAGGCAGACUAUUCGCCUUCAACAGACGAUAUACUUCACGUCCGUCUCCAGACCCUCGGUGUUACGGAACAUUCCUUCGAUAUUGACAUCGGGGGAGUACGGUUCAAUUGGCUGCUGUACGACGUUGGUGGUGCCCGCGGCCAGCGGCAUGCGUGGGUGCCAUAUUUCGAAGAUGCGACGGCGAUAAUAUUCCUCGCACCCAUGAGUGCGUUCGACCAGUACCUCGAAGAAGAUCCGCGCACCAACCGGAUCGACGAUUCAUUGCAGCUGUUCACGACGAUUUGCCAGAACAAGCUUCUCGCCAAGGCCGCGCUCGUGUUGAUGCUCAACAAGGCAGACCUCCUGAGGAAGAAGCUCGAGGCAGGGAUCAGAGUACGAAAAUACAUCUCCUCGUACGGCGAUAGGCCCAACACCUACGACGAGGUCUCCGAGUACUUCCGCGCGCACUUCAUCCAGACGCACCGCCGGAAGGACGUCUGGCACCGGGUGCUGUACACGCACUUCACCUCGAUGCUCGACAUCAAGGCGACCCAAUCAAUUAUCAUCAGCGUUGGCGAGGCUAUCAUGCGACAGCACCUGGCCUCCGUGGGCCUAUCAUAGGUUCCGGACCCCCCCUCCCCUCGGAUCAGGACUGGGGCCCUGGUGCCUAUCGAUCGUUGUUGGAAGCUGUCUGCGCUGUCAUUGGAUAUCCGGUGGCCGUGGACAGUGAGACCUGGAGAUUGUGGAGAUGUAAACGUGAACGCUGUUGUACACACACUGUUUGACGUGAGCAUUCACACGAUGUAGGCGAUAUAUAUCUUAAACCCUG